ACUAUGACGUGUUACGUAGAGUCGUCGGCGGAGGCGACUCUACCACAAUUCGUUUCUACUCUCGUAAUUUUGUUCAUAUUUCUGGAUUGGUUCGAAUGACAGUCCACGAGGGACACGCACACCCUUCAUGUAGUGAAAAUCAUCGACGAAUUGGCUGCAUGGAGGUCGUUGACAGUCCACUUAAUCUCGCCCAUCAGCAGUGCAGGAAGGCAGAUCGUUUCCUUGCUGCUGGGAAGUAUGAAGAGGCGAUUUCAUGUCAUGGCAAAGCAGCAGAUCUUCUGACGGAAGCAAUGAAGACAACGGACUGUCAACAGGCCCGCGUGUCUAUGGAGUUGCAGAGGGACAGGCAUAUCAAACAGCAGCAUCUUAUUCAAGAGCGCUGGAAGCGAGAAGCCCGUCGGGAGGCCACCAAAGCCCGGCCUGGUUUAGAACCGGCGUCGAAUUGCCCCGCGCUCCUCGUGCCGUCCCAGCCGUCGGGUCAGACGCAGCCCGAAGCCCCCGCAAAAUCCUCAACCGUAGCGCGCGGAGGAGGUACGGAGAGAGAAUACGACACUCUACUCUACCAACUUCAAACUCGACAAGUGGGAAGCCUCCAAGCUUUGAGACCUUGCCCCGGUUCGAAAACCAGCAAAGAUGAUAAAACUCGCCUGGAAGAACAACAGACCACCAUCGAAGACCUGAGGCGUCUCGUCGACCACCUGAUGGACGAGAACCAGCGUCUGGCCUCGGAGAACGAAAGGCUACAAUCGGAAAACGCGCGACUGCGCGCCGAGGCCACGGACGCGGCGGAGCGCUCCGAGCUCUGGGUGCUCCCUCAGCCCGGGGGAGCCGUGGCGACGGGGGGCAAACAGGAGAGGAAAAGCACGGGGAAAGGGAAGGAGAUAGCCAUCCCUCAGCUGCCCCCGCUGGAGAUGCCCGCUCAGGAAGAUCUGUGCUUGGAUGACCUUCCUCCUUUGGAGCUGCCGGAGGACAUUCAAAAUGAACUUCAGGAGCUGCUGGAUAAAGACAAACUGUGAUGAACACUUUUUAGCUGCCUUUAUUACACGCGUCGACUUUACGGUGCAAACUGAUGUCUUUCUUUUUGGUUUGGAUGCCAAAAUUCCAGGCUUUGGACACAGAAAAAUUCAAUUAAUGAUUCUGUGUGAUCAGACUAAUGAAGUUCAACUUGUUUAUAUCAUUCAUUUUGUGGAAUCAUUUAUGCGGAAACGGAUCAGCACCCUUAAGUUUAAUAUUAAGGUGGACGUGCUUGCUGUUUAUGGGGGACCAAAUGGGACAGAACAAAAAUAUAUAAAUCUUUAAAUUAGGGCUGCAGCUAUCGAAUAUUUUAGUAAUCGAGUAAUCGACUGAAAAUUCUAUCGAUUAAUCGAGUAAUCGGAUAAAACAAAUAUAUUUUUAGGUGAAGAGCAAUUAUAAAUAUACAUGAGAAAACAAGCCAUUUCAUCUAAUCUUGAACCAUUUUCAGUCAAUCAAUGUCUUUAUUUGUAUGUAUAUUGUUGAAAACAGCCAACAAUUGCAAUUAGAUGUAACUAGAAUUAAAAAAAAAGACUAAUUCACUGCUUUCACUCAAAAAACUUUUGAUCUUAUUAAAAAAAAAUAUAUAUACAUAUAUUUCUUACCUAAAAAUGCCGUUACGCUUGAUAAGACACAUCACUUAAAAGUUAGGAUUUUUUUCCCACGUGUUUCAAUUGAAUUUCUAUUUGUAUCAAGCCAUUUUUAAGUUCUAGUUAAGUUUUAAGUUAACUAAACUGUAAGUCCUGAUAGGAUUUUGAGUUUUUGCAGUGUUCAAAGUAAUUGUAUGAUACCUGCUGUAUUGGAGCACAUUAGGGCAGGGGUUCCCAACCUAUUCCACUAAGGCACACUGUGGGUGCAGGAUUUCAUUCUUACCAAACAAGAUGACAACACUUUUUCCCCAAUCUGGUGUUUUACAAGUGCAAUCAGUUGAUUGCAGUCAGGUGUGGCUUGUUUUAGCAGAAGCCUCAUUGGUUCAACUGUCUCUGCUGGAUCGGCUGGAACAAAAACCAGGACCCACAGUGUGCCUUGAGGACUGGGUUGAAAACCCCUGCAUUAGGGAACAGUGCUACUUGGUGUUUUAUCCAGCAAUGACUACUGAGCUAAAAUUGACAGUUAGCAUUAUUAAGUUUUUAUUUUACACCCUCAUCACUCUACAGCGCUAUGUUUUCACAGAAUAAAUAAAGCCUGUAUGUAAGACACGUUAGCCACGCAUCGACAGUGGUCAUAAUUAAUAGAAACAUAGCCCUCCGCAGGGCUAACGUUACAUGAGCUACUGACAGUAACGUUAAUCUUAUUUAUUCGCGCUUAGCGCUCUUUAUUAGCGCUUAGCGCUGUACUGGUUUAAGAUGGCGGCUGUUUAAUAACGCCGCUGACUCUGUCAUUUCGCAUCUAGUUCAACAUACAUGUGAUCUCUGAGACGCAUCAGACGCUACCUGCUACCAACGUUGCAUCGUGUGGGCUAGUAUUUAGCAACGUCGGCGUCGUUUGUAGCGGCUGUCGGCUGCAGUAAGUUCUUUUUUUUUUUUUUUGGUCGUUUUUUGUCUGCAUUAAAAUUAGUCCGAGCAAAAUGUGAUGCUUAGAGCUGUCAAAAUAAACGAUUACUCGAGGUGAAUAAAAUUACUCAGAUCAGUUUUUAAACUGCAGUUACUCGAGUUGCUCGAGUAUUCGUUUCAGCUCUACUUUAAAUAUAUCAUGACUUAAUUAAAAUGAGAAUUAAUAAAAAUGUCAUCAAAUGUGACAUCAAUGCAUUAAAAUACCAGCUAAUUUAAUGUAAAAACAUUUAUUUCACUACUUAAUGUUGCAGCACUUCAUGAUUUUUUUUCAUCUGUCAAACUCACCCAUCAAAGUCAGUGGGCAGGACUAACAACAAAUUGAUUACCCAGCACAUAUCUAAAAAGAGCGAGGAAACAUUCUGACACACUAGGUGCCGCUUUCUUUACACGGGUCAAACAACUGAGGACGGGUGACGGCAAGUUUUGCUCAUAAAUAGAGAUCGACUGAUAUAACGGGCUGAUAAACAGUGUAUCGCAAAAGUGUGUACACCCCUCGCAUUUCUGCAGAUAUUUAU